UUCUCAGGUGCCUCUGUUCCUCUUGCAGGCUGUCCCUUGCACUUGUGCUCCACAUCAGCUCUACACCUCAAGCUCUGCACAGGAGGAGCCCAGCUGUGAGCAGAGCCCAACCUGAACCCAUGCAGCAUCAGUGUGAUGCGAUACCCAUGGAGCCCAUGAUGAGUCUUCAAUCCAGCUUAGACCCUGGAGCCAAGGACGCAGCUGUGGAGGAUGCAGUGCUCAGGAAGAAAGAGCAGAAGGAUGUGGAGCUGGACAAGAAGAUCUUGGCCCUGCGGAAGAAGAACGAAGCACUCAUACGAAGGUACCAGGAGAUAGAAGAGGACAAAAAGCGAGCUGAGCAGGAGGGAAUGGCUGUUACCUCCAGGAGACCCAAGCAGGAUGGACUCACUAUUACCAUCACCAAAGCUCACAACGACCUGAAAGAUGCAAUUACCCAGACUGAACACUAUGGACAAGAUAGCCCAGCCCUCUCGAUGGAUAAAAGGGUGGUGAGUGAGAAAUGGGUGAGCCCCUGUACUACGAGCCCUGUGUUCGGCCUCGGCAGUGAGGAAGACGAGGAGGAGGAGGAAGCAGAUCAUAUGUUCACCUUCAGGAUGGGGAAGAGGAUGCAGUUGGCUGUCACCAUGGACAACAAGGCCAAGGGCAAGCGCAUCGUCAGUGAGAAGCGCUCCGAGUGCUUCCCAGGCACCGGCAGGGUGCCAGAGCCCAGUGAAGAGGACACAGAGCAUUUGGUGGCUGUCCGGCGGGGCAGGAGGAUGCAGAUUGCCAUCACCAUGGAUAACAAGGAGAAAGCAGAAGAGAGGAGAACAGCAGAGAAGAGGAGAUCAGACAGUGACAGAGGCCCAGAAAGUGAUCACAGACAGAAGGACGGUGGGAAGUCAGCCCCGAAGAGCCCUGGAGACCUGAGCUUCCCCAUGACAGGACGGGAGCGCUCCGAGUACCUGCGCUGGAAGAGGGAACGGGAUCAGAUUGACCUGGAGCGAGUGGCACGGCACAAGAACGCCAAGGGCGAGUGGCGACGGGCUUGGGAUGUGGAGAAGUCAGAGCACAUGUUUGAAGAGGAUGGGGAGCCAGCCUUGGAUAAUCCCAGCAAUAAGAAAGGGGGAAGAAACGCAAGGAAAUUCCAGCACAAAUCCUUUCCUCCCGAGGGGAGAGGUGGAGCAAACACGAGCAAUCCUGGUCCAAAAGUGGUACCUGCAGUGAGCAGCCGAGCCAAAGGCAAGGACAGGCUGACGGGCAGAGCCAGGAGGUGGGAUGCAAAAGAAGGAGAGGAGAUGUCGUUUGUGAAGGAUGACCUCGACAGCCAGAAGAGCCUUGGUGUGGAGAAGCGGAAGAGCAGAGGUGAGGAGGGAGUGGAAGAGAACUGCACAGCUGAGCUGGAGGAGAAGGUCAAGCAGCCAAACCCUCAGGAUCAUGGGGCCUCCUCAUCACAAAGGCUCAAAGGUGGAAAGGUCCAUUCUGCCCACAGUGGUCGGAAGGAGGAGCGGAGAGGAGCAAAGGGCUCCAGCGUGGAGGUGUCUGUGGCCAGCACAGACUCGGAGCCAGGGCCCAAGCCAAGUAAUGAAGGGGCUGGGGAAGAUGCCAGUGGGAAGCCUGAGCCUGCUGACAUCCCCCAGGAGAGCACUGCCAGCACUGCUUCACAGAGCAGCCUUCCAAGCAGCGUGCAGGCCACCAGGCAUGGCAGUGAGGAGACCUUGUCCUUGCCUGUGGCAGUGAAUGUAGAUGGAGCUGCCUUAGAGCAAAGCACAGCUUCAGAACAGGAGUCCACUGAGGGCUCUGCAAACAGCCAAGGGGGAAAGGUGGACACAGCAGGAGAUAGACUGGAUGCAGGUCAGAGACAGCUGGUUAGAGAAAGAGGGGAGGAAGUGACCCCAAACACUGCUCUGCAGGGGCAGGCAGUGGCACUGAAAGGAGGUGAAGAUGCUGAAGGCACUGAACACAAAGAGCCUUUGCCCCCAGGGGAAGCCAGCUCUGACAAGACUGUUGACUCUGAGCAGGACACAGCAAACUCACAGCCCAGGGAAGGGGACCAGCCUGAGCACUGCAAGGACAAGGACAGUGGGGACACCCUCAACUAGCAGAGACUGCACUGGCUUGCCUGAGGCAGCAGGAGGACGUGCUGAAGGUGGUGGAUGAGAAGAGGAGCACGAGUUUGUUGUGUACCUUCUAUGAAAUCAGCUUUCAGCACCUGCCCUGUGCCCCUCAGCACCCAUCCACAACACACGGGGUCCCCAUCCCUGCUCCCAGGUUUGGCAUCAGCCUGUCCCAGCUGCAGGGCAGGAAAGGACACACACACUCCCAAGCAACAGAAAACCCCAUCACUUGCCUUUUGUAUUUAUUUUGCCUCUUGCAGCUGUGUGGGAAGCCAAUGACAUGUCUACUGGAUGCACUUUAUCUUAUUUAAUAACUAAUUGUGUUUAGAGCUAAGAGUUAGGUUUCUGGGCACACCACCCCUUUCUCUCCAGAGGCUGGCAGGGCACUGUGGGUACCAGGACAGCCAGGCAGGGAGUGGGUGACUGACAAAGCAGAGCCUUAGGAGACAGGGUGACGGGCGUUAGGUUGUAGUUAGUAGGUGGGUGAUAAGGUAGUGUUCAGAGCAGCUCCUGUGCUAGAGGUUUGUAUGUGGUUGAAGUGUUGGCAGAGAUGUGUGGCAGUGGCAUGGGCUGCGGGGCACAAAGGGGAUGGAGCGUUCUUGAGCAUGGGCUGCUUUCGACAAGCACACAUCAACCACAGCAUCAGCCUUUAACUGCUCACUUUCCUCCUCCUCUUAGAUGUAGAAGGGCAAAGGCAGCGAGGCUGAAGCAGCACAACAGGAGACUGAUUUUGCUAAGGGAAGCUGCUGCUGGAUGAAGCAGGCUCAUAAGCAGCUCAGCACAACCCUGUGCCUGCUUCCUAACACCAGUACCUGCAGGUACCUGCAGCUCUUUGUGCCAGGCAGGGCUGGGAGGAGGACAGCACAAACCCAAUCAUCUUCCUUCUCCACCCUGCACAAAGGAGAAGGCAGCAGGGCCCAGGCCAAGCUGGAGCUGAAGGUCUGAGGCUUCCAAUCAAAUGCUUUCACCUUCCUGGAUGUGCCUUUCAUAGCUUUGUGCUUGAAUUAGGAGAGCAUCAGUUUUGACCUGGCCUUAAAAGAGACCUUUCCAAUGAAGGAUGUGGAUGAGAAUUAACAUAAAUGUGCCAGAGUCCCAGCUGCUUGGAUUUCUGAGCUAAGAGAUUCCCAGCAAACUGGGGCCUAACUGGAAUAAGGUUACUGAUUCAGGAGAAGGCAGAAGCCAGGCACAAGGAAUAACACAAUGGUAUAUAUGACAGCAGGAUCUUACCCUCACUUGGAAAUGCUGCUCUAAAGCUUGAUGCAGAGAUUUACUGAGGUUCAGUGCAGGAUGCAUCUGCUGACCUCAAGGUAAGGCUGGCACGUGUGGACUGAAACACUGUAUGCUGGUUUAAUAAACUAAUGUUUGCACACAUAAA